AUGUAUUGCUUAUUCUGUUCAAAACCCAAGAUCGAAAAAAAUGCACGCGAUUUUACGGGUAAAGUAGUGUUAGUGACGGGUUCGAGCUCCGGGAUCGGGGAGGGAAUCGUUAAGCUAUUCUCGGCUCUCGGGGCCAAUGUUGUGGUCACCGGACGUAAAGCAGAUCGAGUGAAUCGUGUGGCCCAAGAAGCACAACAAUUGUCGCCCAAGAAACUUAAGCCGUUGGCUAUUGUGGCCGAUGUGACCAAAAACGGCGAUUUAAACAAUUUGUUAAAUCAAACGAUAAAAACAUUUGGUAAAUUAGAUGUGUUGGUCAACAGCGCAGGACUGGGCAUAUUUUCACCCGUAAAGGAUCCCAACUUUAUGAAAGUGUUUGACACUUUAAUUAAGGUUAAUCUCAGGGCUUACUUAAAGUUAACCCAUUUGGCGGUUCCUUAUUUAGAGGCAACGAAUGGCACGAUUAUCAGUAUAUCCGCUGUCAUGGGAAUGGUUCCGAUGAAAUAUAGCACCGCUUACGCCAUAUCGAAAGCUGGGGGUGAUAUUAUGACCCGAACACUGGCCCUGGAAUUGGGGCCCAGAAUACGCGUGAAUGCAAUCAACCCAGGAGUGACCGCAACCAACUUUGACCAAAACAGUGGCUUAGAUGAGAAAACUGUGGAUAUGUUUCGGCAACAAAUACUUAAACGCAUACCAAUGGGACGGAUCGGUCAGCCCCUGGAUGUGGCCAAUGCUGCGGCCUUUUUGGCCUCAAAGGACGCGCAGUAUAUAACGGGCGCUAAUCUAGUGGUCGACGGCGGGAUGUUUUGGUUGACUAAAAUUCUGUUCAUCAAAACUGAUAGAAAUGUAUUCAUGAAUGCAAGAAAUGGACGCGAUUUUACGGGUAAAGUAGUGUUAGUGACGGGUUCGAGCUCCGGGAUCGGGGAGGGAAUCGUUAAGCUAUUCUCGGCUCUCGGGGCCAAUGUUGUGAUCACCGGACGUAAAGCGGAUCGAGUGAAUCGUGUGGCUCAAGAGGCGCAACAAUUGUCACCUAAAAAACUCCAGCUAUUGUGGCCGAUGUGA